AUGGACUCGGCACCUGAGCCCCGGCCCGGGGAUAGCGAUUUUGGUGGGUUUCGGAUGAUGGUAUCGGAAGACUAUGCGGAGUACAUGCUGUUUGUCAUCGGGGAUAAGACACAGGACAAUGUGCCCAGUUUAGAGACAGUUCGCAAGGCCGCGGAUCAGAAGCUGAAUGCAUUAGCCAGUGACUACAUCUGGCAACGGGAGCCCUUCCGGUUGGAAGCAAAAACGAGAAAGGGGCUGGGACUCCCCUACCUCCACGGCAUCACACACUAUGGAGACAAUGUCGAGGAUGAGUGGCUCAUCGUUUACCUCCUCCGAGAGCUCAGCAAGUCUUUUCCCGAUCUCUGGGUCCGUGUAUCCGACAGCGACGGCGAGUUCCUUCUCGUCGAGGCCGCCAAAGUAACCCCGAAUUGGCUCAGUCCAGAGAACGACGCCCACCGGGUCUGGAUCCACGACGGCAAGCUAGUCCUCAUCCCUUUGACAAGCACCUCCGAGCCCCGCCUCUCACUGGCCGAAGCACUCGAUACCAUCCGAACCGCCCCUCUCUCCGCCCUCAUCCAUUCCCCCUUAGUCGAAGCCGAAGCGUUCUACCGCCUCGAGAAAUACCCAACCCAAAUUACCGCCUCACUCUACCACUCGCCCGUCACCAUCCCCCGCAAACUCGCCCACAUCCUCCACUCUCUGCCCAAAUCCAUCGCGCCAGCCACCGAGGCCUUCUAUCUCCGCGACCCACGCGCUCUCAAACCACUACUAUCCACCACCAGCGGCGCACCCGCCGACCUCACCUUCCCACCAACAGACCUCGUCACCAUCAGCGUGCGUUUCACCCGCGUCCUCUACGCCCAACUCAAAAGCCAACAGUUCACUCCACCACCUGCCUGGGCCCCCAUUCUCCGCGCGGCCGAAGGCCACGACGACGGCGACGCUCCAUCCGAAAUCAGAGAUGACGACCCAAAACCCAACAACAAACUCUUCUCCCGCCUCGAGCUCGGCAUGAAACUCACCACAGGCUUCGAGCUUCUCGCCCACACCGCCGAGCAGUCCCCAAGCCGCGUGGCACGCGAGAUGGCACUGCUCUUGGAGGAUCUAGCUGAAGACGGCGGGGAUAGUGCAUUGCCGACGGAUACGGAGAUUGAGCAGUGGGAGGGUGUGGGGAGGGAGGAUGAUGAUGGGUGGAUGGAUAUUGAUUUUGAGGAUUUUGAGAGGGAGUUGGAGGGGAAGAGGGGGGUUGGUCGUGGUGGUGGUGAUGGGGAGGUUGAUGCUUCAAGGGGGAAAGAAAGGAGUGGGUUUGGGGACGCGGCUGCCCAGGCGGAUUUACAAAAGAUUGUGGCGAGGUUUGAGGCAUUUUUGAAUGAUGAGUCGGCUGGGGUGGAUGGAGCGGAGAUGGAUGAGAUGGAUCGGGAUGACGAUGAUGAUGAUGAUGAUGAUGACGAGGACAACAGCGGGGAGGAGGGGGGUGAUAGCGAUGAGGAUGAGGAUAAGGCGGUUAGUUUUGACGAGGAUAAGUUUGCUAGCAUGAUGAGGGAGAUGAUGGGGUUGCCGGCGGAGGAAGGGAAGAAGAGCCCGGACGGCAAGGGAAAAGGGUCUGGUGUGGCGCGUGAAGGCCCCGAGGAAGAAGCAAGAGAUGAAGAUGAAAGUGGCGAUGACAAAGAAGGUGAAGAAGAAAUUCGCAAGCUCAUGACGCAGAUGGAGAAUGAGCUGAAAGGGCUGGGCGCACUGAGCCUCGACCCACAACCCAAGACCCCGGGCACGAUUAAGGAGAAAGGCGAGCAUGGUUCUGGCCCAAGAGCCCAAGCUGGACCUGAGAAUGACGAGGAUGAGACAGAGGAGAGCGGUGACGAAGAGGUCGAUAUUGACUUCAAUCUCGCCAAGAAUCUGCUGGAGAGCUUCAAGAGCCAGGCGGGGAUGGCUGGGCCAGCGGGCAACCUUUUGGGAAUGAUGGGGCUGAGUUUACCGCGGGAUGAGGAGGAUUCAGGGGAAGAUGAGUGA